CGCAGCGGCCCGAGCUCGGGCGUGGAUGUUGGGGUUGCACCCGGAAACAAAUCUUUCUCUGUUUUUCUUCCUUCCAGGCAAGGCGGCAUCCGUUGCGGUUGUCACCAAGCAACUUCCCACCAUCGGGAAAAGCAGCCGGGAGCGAACCUGUCGGGAUGGGAGGUCGGCGGUCGCCUCUUAUCCAUCAGGAGAAGUUCAGGGGUGACCUCAGGGUAUCUGAAGAGGAUGAGGAGCUCGAGGUUUUCCAGAGGGAGGCGGCGGUCCUGCGUGAGAAGCUGUGGGAGGCUCUCAGCCAUACAUCUGGUAACAAAAGGCAGUCAAGUUCUUUGAUCGACCUCACCUCGGACAGUACCUGGGAACAGCAAAAGCCUCAAUUGUUUCCUAAAUCCCGCUUGAGACCAAAAAGUGCUUCAUCUCCCUGGAUUCCUUCCAUCACCAUCCCUCAGCCCUUUGAAAUGACACUGCGGGAAGCUCGCAAAAAGUCCCAGUUGAUGAAGUCAUACAUGUUUCUGGAACUAGACAAACAGAGAGACAAAAGGCAAAGCCAAGAUGAAGCCGAAUGUCAGAAACAAUUCCGGGCACAGCCUGUACCUGCCCAUGUGUUUCUGCCCCUUUAUCAGGAAAUAAUGGAGCAGAAUGAGAUUCGCAGACAAAUAGCAACACAAAAAAGAAAGGAACUGCUACUUUCAACCCAGAGGCCCUUCAGUUUCCUGGAGAAGGAAGAGAAAAAGAAAGAAGCUAUCAGACAAAAGUUCCUGGCAGCAGCAACCCAAAAUGAGAGCUCCAAACAGAAGCAAGCCAGUAAAAAAGUUCCUAAAUCUACUUAUGACCUACUUCUUGGAGAUAAACUUAAAGAAGCUGAACUCUACAGAGAGAUCCGCAUUCAAAUGAGAGCGAAGGAUUUGCUUGCGAGCUCCGUAGCUCCAAUAGGUACUAGCAACUGUCGGAGGGCGCCUCAGUCCCGAACUGCCACUAAAACUAAGCAGGAAAGACUUGGCUUCUUGCAGGACAAAAGUUUCAGCUUCAAGCCAAGGAUUAAUCCAACAAUACCGGAUUUUGAAGGACUUUACUGGGCAUUUCAGAGGGAAGCAGUAAGGAGACAAGAAAUCAAAGAGGCAACUCAUAAUAAGCCAUUCAAGCUAAGAACCUCCAAUCUCCGUGGCAGGCAGAGGCAGGCUAAUGAAAAGAUAAAGGAUUCUCAGCAACUUUCCAAGGUUUCAGUGCAAAAAAGUCAUUCUCUGACUGGACUUUCCUCUCUCUCUUCCAACACACUUCCAGUAUAUAUUACGGAUGCAACUAGAAAAAGGGAGUCUGCUAUUAGAUACUCUCAAGAUAACAAAAACGAAGGGGACAAAGAAGGAAUGUAUUGGCUGGAGAAACAGAAAAAGAAAUGCCAAGCUAUCCAAAAGUCGGUGAACAGCCGGGCAAAAGCCCUGGAUCCGCUUAAAAGUCUGGAGGAAACACAGAAGGAGAAGUCGAAACGGAACUGGCAAAAUAUGAGAGAGAGAACAAAGGAAUACAGAAAGGAGCUGGAAGAAAUGCAGCUGCGGGUCAAGAACAGACCGUACCUCUUUGAACAGGUCACCAAGCAUGAUGCUCGUCAAGGAGCAGAGCGUCGCUACAGAAACAUCCUCCAGGAGGUUGGGCUAAGUGAAGGAUUUGUAAGGAAAAAAGGGAAAGAUGCCACUUACUUGCUGGAAGAAGAGUCUGAUGUUCACAGAGUGCCCACACCUCAGGGUGAAAAGGACGACUGUACUGUACAGGAAGGAGAACCUGAAAAGGAACAGAGCAGAAAGGAAAUGACAACGUAAGAUCUAGAAGAAGAAUCUGUCGAUCAUCCCUCGAUUUUUUUUAAUUCAGGAUUCUCCAGGUUAAUCCUCAGGCACUUUCUGGUUUAGGCUGAUACCCAAGAACUGCUCUGGGGUGAAAUGUGAGAACAUAGUAAAGGAAAGAAGGACCCACCGUUGUUUAUGUGUUGUCCAACCCAACAGCCUUCCUUAGUCUUCACAGGUCUUCCUCAUGUGAGAUGUUUCUCUAACAGAAACAAAACAAAUUUAAAAGGCUGAACCACUAUCUUUGGAUAAAAGUAGACAUGAAAAAUUGAAGUCAUGCAUCCUCUAGUGUCAGCUCCUUCUGUUCGUGCCACUGAAAGCACACAGAAGGGGGAGAAUGCUAAAACCGAUGCCAAAGGGGAGUGUGCUAAGCCUUGGUUUACAGAUACAUGUGGUAGAAUGCUUUUAAACAAUUUAUUUCUAAAAGAAAAAGAAAAAAAUGCAAGAUUUGACCUACCUUGGAAAAGACUCAGAGGGAAGUCCUUCUCGUUCCGUAACUCUUCAUUCACUCAUUACCAGUCUUGCUUCUUUCUCCCAUUAGAAAGAAGCAAUAGUCUUUCUAUAUUAAACAAUCUCCUCUAAUUCAUUAUUUGAAACUCUUUUAACAUCUUACCAAUUUAAGGGAACAAAACUAUGAAGAAGGUUGUAAUUAAACAAUGCAUCACUUUAGGUUGCUGUUGUCCUAAUUCUACAAUUACCGUGGUAUCAAAGAUGGACUUUGGUGGAAGAAAGAUUAAGUAUGAUCUGUCAGCAUGUUGCACUCAAAUGCUCGCGGCAUCUUAAAUGGUAUAAUUCACACAUUAGUGGUCUUCCUUUACCUGACAGUGAUAAUGAUCUCAAAAAUUCACUCUGACCACCUGGAAUGUUUUCUGAGAAUUAUGAUAUCAAAGCACUUUUGAGAUUAAAAUAUUUUUAAAUGGCUGUCAAUGUUUCUGCAUUGUCGAAUUUCUUUACCAAUCCUCUUUUCCUCACUUUUUAAAUGGAAGCUUUGUCUCUUUUCAUCUUCGUUACCCAAAUCCAGUUCUCCUUCCACUGUAACAACAAAACCUCAUCAAAUCAGAAAUAAGAGUACCUGUAAGAGCUACCCCACUAGACAAAGACAUAAAACUGAAGUCAUGACAUUUUUAAUGAUAACAAAGUAGUAGAUCCAAGAAUUUAUGGCUCCAGGGUUUCAGGCUGCUAUGUUACUCUUCCACAGACAUCAAUUAAUGCUGAUACGUAGCUGAAUGCAUUGGGUUGCGGCAGUCCUCCUUACUGACCCAAAAGAACGUCUAACAAAUCUAAGUCUAGGCUUGAAUUUUCCCUUUUCUUUCUUGUCCUUUUCCAGUUGGAGAGCUUUCUGCCGACUUCUGUAUCACAAACUGAAAUGUAGCCCCUCACUAGAGAAAUUCCCAACAGGUUGAAAAUAAUUCCUUCAUGGUAGAGACUCUCCACCCCGAGAAGAGGCUCAAGCAGUAAGGAGGGUUUGAGAAAGGCUGUUCUCAGAGUACCACUUUUGACAGAGGUUUAAUUGUGUGGGACACACAAAGACUGUUCUUUCUCCUGUAUCCACUGGAACAGACCAGUGAUGUAAUCAUAUUGUCACCAUGCCUGGUCACAUUGAAAGAGGAUGGAAAGAAGAUUUCUUCCGUUCUCCAAGGCUAUGGUCUAAUGCCCGUUGGCCUUGUGUAGAUGUGUCUGGAGCAGUGGGCAUGACAUUUUAAUAUAUACAUUCUAAGGGGUAUUUACUAAGAUCGAUUGCUGAUUUCCAUAAUAAUACUUGAUGAUGCUGGAAAAAGAAAUUUCCAAGUACGUGAAGUGUAAAGGAAAACCUUAAGAAAGGAGGAAUGAAAGCCUAACUUUAAUUAACAGACAAUACUAUGCCAUAUCCCUUUAACAAAUACUAAGGUGACAUGCCUGAAUGCAGGAACAGAUAAAUCCAAGUCUUAAUAUCAGCCCCUAAAUGGAAAUUGAUGAAAUGGUGAUGAAAGUAAAACCAUCAAAUUAAGCAACUGAAACUCACCAGCACCUUUCUGCUAAAACACAGUGUUGUUCUGAAAGUAGGAUUACAUUUCUGUAAUCCUAGAAGAGAUUUGUAACAUUAUUUGUAAUUUUCCAUAGUAUGGAAAUAAGUAGUUUCCACUUUUGUUCUAUAAUAUUGCAUUUUAUGAAAAUAUUUUGUUAUUUUUAGUUAAAAGAAUUACAACCUGUUCAGCUGACCUCUAAAUAUACCGUAGUAAAGACGACAUCUCACCAUCAGCUGAGGGAAUGGUAGCCAAACCACAUUAAAUCCUGAUUCACACCACCUUUGAUGACAGCAGCACUACUUUUACAUUCAGUCAGGAAGCAAUACCUGCUCAAAGCAUUUUCUUCACGUUGGAGCUAUCAUGGGUGCACAGUAUCUUAGCAAAGCUCUGCAUUCUUGGUAAUGCUAAUU